CCUCUUCACUUCACUGCCUCACACAAACUCCAUUCUCUUGUGAUAAACCCCACAAAUCUCACAGCCAUGGGGUCUCCACACUUCCUCCUUGUAACAUUUCCGGCGCAAGGCCACAUUAACCCAGCUCUUCAAUUCGCCAAGCGGAUCAUACGGACCGGUGCACAAGUCUCCUUCGCCACCAGCGUAUCGGCCCACCGGCGCAUGGCUAAAAGGUCAACCCCUGAAGGCUUAAACUUUGUCCCCUUCUCUGAUGGCUAUGAUGAUGGAUUUAAACCUACUGAUGAUGUUCAACACUACAUGUCCGAGAUCAAGCGUCGGGGUUCGGAGACUCUGAGAGAGAUUGUCGUGCGGAACGCGGAUGAAGGCCAGCCUUUUACUUGUAUAGUUUACACCCUGCUGCUUCCUUGGGCGGCUGAGGUGGCACGUGGCCUUGGGGUUCCAUCUGCCCUUCUUUGGAUUCAGCCCGCCACUGUUUUAGAUAUUUAUUACUAUUACUUCAAUGGUUAUGGUGAUGUGUUUAGAAACAUUAGCAAUGAGCCUUCUUGUUCCGUUGAGUUACCAGGACUGCCGCUGCUCUCUAGCCGUGACCUUCCAUCUUUUUUGGUGAAAUCGAAUGCAUAUACUUUUGUUCUUCCAACAUUUCAGGAGCAGCUGGAGGCACUCAGCCAAGAAACAAGCCCAAAAGUACUGGUGAACACCUUCGAUGCACUAGAGCCCGAGCCGCUGAGAGCUGUAGAUAAACUUCACUUGAUUGGAAUUGGUCCCUUGGUUCCAUCUGCAUAUUUGGAUGGAAAAGAUCCAUCUGAUACUUCUUUUGGAGGUGACAUGUUCCAAGGUUCAGACGACUAUAUGGAAUGGUUGAACUCCAAGCCCAAAUCAUCGGUGGUAUACGUAUCAUUCGGGAGUAUAUCAGUUUUGUCAAAGACACAAAAGGAGGAUAUCGCACGGGCUUUGCUAGAUUGUGGCCAUCCUUUCUUGUGGGUCAUAAGAGCACCAGAAAAUGGAGAAGAAGUGAAAGAACAAGACAAGCUGAGCUGCAGAGAAGAAUUGGAGCAGAAAGGGAUGAUAGUAUCAUGGUGUUCUCAGAUAGAGGUUUUGACACAUCCAUCAUUGGGGUGUUUUGUAUCACAUUGCGGGUGGAAUUCAACGUUAGAGAGCUUGGUUUCCGGGGUUCCUGUCGUAGCAUUUCCCCAGUGGACAGAUCAAGGGACCAACGCAAAGCUGAUUGAAGACAUGUGGAAAAUAGGCAUUAGGGUGACAGUGAAUGAAGAGGGAAUAGUAGAAAGUGACGAGUUCAAGCGGUGCUUGGAAAUUGUUAUGGGAGGUGGAGAGAAGGGGGAAGAAAUGAGAAGGAAUGCUGAGAAAUGGAAGAAUUUGGCCAGGGAAGCUGUGAAGGAUGGUGGAUCAUCUGACAAGAAUCUCAAGGGUUUUGUGGAUGAGGUUGGACAUGGCUGCUACGAGUCCAUUGGUUCAUGAAACUUGUUUGUUGUUUUGCUGGAAAGACUUACAGAUGAUUGGUCCCCCUUCCCUUUUAUUAUUACAUCUUUUCUUUUUGUUUUAUCUGGGAUGUUCGAUUCAGAGAAUGUGACCAGUUGUUAUCCGCAUGCCAAUCUUCCUUAGGUCCAUCCCCUCUCUAUUAAAAUGAAUAUUAGUAUGUAUACUCUGGUUGUAACUCAAGUGAUGCAUAGCAUUUUAAUUUAAAAUAUUGAAAUAAAAAAUGGAAACAAGAAAUUUACUCUGCUC